CCGGGGGAGGCGAGCGGGUGUAACGCAACCCUCUGAUCAGGCUAAGGAGGGUGAGGACAGGGCCCCAGCUCUAGCGGGAGGGUUGAGGAAUGUCGAUAGAGAAAGUAGCGCGGACGGGGUUGCACGACCAAGGACAAAGGGUGAUGUCAGUCUAGUGACCUGCCCGGGGGUAAGAAAAAAGAAGAUCACUUAUAUACUGGGGUUGGUUCCUAGUUGUACUCGGCUUGUUAUUGUUGUUGCGGGAAAAAAAGGCGAAAAGGAAGGCUGUGCGAAAGACGGCAUCCCCUUCGCACGCACCAGAGAGACAAUCCUCCGAAGCCCACCCCAAUGGAACCUGAGAUCGAAAAGCAGGGAGCAUGUUCGUCCCUGCAGACGAGUGUGACUGUGACACAUGACGAGUCCGGAGCCGAAAGACCCUUCCCGGAUAAACGCGAGUCGAGAUAUCAACGAUGGACAAGGUGCAUCAAAGGGCUCGAGACCCGAGGCAUCGAGCCGGUACCGCUGGAGGAACGAAUGAAGAACACCAAGUUUACAUCGUUUGAGAUGUUCCUGACGUGGCUGAGCAUGGGGAUGGCAAUGAAUAACACGAUCACCGGAUCGCUGGGGACGCUGGUCAUGAAGCUGAGCUUCACCGAUUGUGCGCUAUGUGUGAUAUUCAGCACGCUACUCGGGAGUCUGGCGAUUGGCUACAUGAGCACUUGGGGCCCGCAAAGUGGAAAUCGCACACUGAUCGUGUCCCGGUUCUUCAUGGGGUAUUACCCCACCAAAGUAUGCUGCGUAUUGAAUGUGCUUUCAUGUUUGGGCACCGGGAUGAUGAGCGCGACGGUAGGAGGCCAACUACUAUCCAAGCUAUCCGGCGGGGGUGUAUCAGUGAUCGUUGGAAUCGUCAUCGUAGCAUUGGCGAGUUGGACGAUGGCCACCUUUGGGAUGCAGAUCUUCCAAUACUAUGAGAGGUAUGCAUGGUUCCCACAGCUGAUCGUCUUUUCGCUCCUCACCGGGUCGGCCGGCCCUCAGUUCGACUUCGACAGCCCGUCAGUCGGAACGACCACGCAGAUCAACGCGAAACGGCUGGCGUUCUUCUCGCUCUGUCUAUCGAUUCCCCUGUCGUGGGUGCCCGUCGCGGCCGACUAUCACGUGUACUACUCGCCGGAUAUCAAGCGAUGGAAGAUCUGGACGGUGACGACCAUCGGCGCCAGCCUCGCGUUCACCGUGACCCUGCUUCUGGGUGCGGGUCUGGGCAGUGGGGUGGCACACAGUGCCCGGUGGAGGUCGAUCUACGACGGCACGCCGGGAAGCCUGCUGAUGGCCGGGUACGAUCGACUGGGGCCCCUGGGGAGGCUCUGUGCCGUGAUCAACGUCCUGACGAUCGUCUCCAACAACGCGCCGGCGUCGUACUCGACGGGGAUGAAUUUCCAGAUGCUGGGCAAUGUCUGGCGCAAAUUCCCGCGCCCCGUCUACACCACCGCCAGCACGUUGGUGUACGCCUCGUGUGCCAUUGGCGGUCGAGACUCCCUGUACGACAUCUUCCGCAGCGUGAUGCCGCUGAUCGGAUACUGGGCGGUGAUCUGGUUCACGAUCGUGGUGCAAGAGGACCUCCUCUUCAAUCGCGGCCGGGGCUAUGACUGGGACGCGUGGAACGAUCGACUCAGACUUCCCGUGGGCAUUGCGGCCAGUAUCGCUUUUCUCGUCGGUUGGAUAGGAGCUAUUGUUGGCAUGGAUCAAGCUUAUUUUACAGGCCCCGUGGCGGCAGCGAUUGCGGAGGGAUGCGAUUUGGGGAUUUGGCUGGGGAUGGGCUUUACCGCCUUGGCUUUCCCGCCCUUGAGACUGCUGGAGAUCAGGUUCAUGGGCCGCUGACCACCUGGUGAGAUGUGAGAUACGUCGAUGGCAGUGGCUUGGUGGAUGCCGUCUAUGGUGAUUACUUCUGG